GGAGCAGCCAGCGCGGCGCAGCAAUGCGAGCCGGGCAGGCGCCCCGCGCACGGUGCCUUGGGCUGCGCCCAGCCGGCCGCAGGGCGUCCAGUCCGGCUCCCGCUGGCCAGCGCGCGGGAUGAGGAGCCCGUGCGAGGCGUUCCCCGGGGACUGAGCCUCCCUCCUGCCGCACCAUGAAACUCUACUGCAAGGUGGUGGCCAUCCUGCUGUGCCUGGGGAUCCUGCUGCUGCUCUAUCUCUUCGUGGGCAACGCGGAUGAGCCGCCGCUGCAAGGGGCCAGAGAAACCCGCUUGCCGCUGCUGCCCGUUUCCCCCGGAGCGGGGGGCCGCGCCCACCCACUCUUUGCACAUUUCCACCCCGUGCAGGCGGCGGCAGCAGCUCAGAUUUCCAAGCGGGAGCCACGUCUCAGCAAAAACCCCGGCAAGCGGAGUCCUGCGAGAGGGAAGUUUGCAAACGUUCGACCUGGGGAACAGAAACACUUGAAAGAACUUCCAUCUCUGCAAUGGAUGCACCUGGCAGUUGUAGCGUGUGGCGACCGGCUGGAAGAGACUCUUAUCAUGCUGAAAUCGGCAGUUCUGUUUAGCUACAGGAAGCUUAAGUUUCACAUCUUUGCUGAGGAUUCCCUGAAGCCUGAAUUUGAGAAGAAGUUAAGGGAAUGGCCUUCCUCUUACACCAAGAAGUUUGAAUACAGUGUCUACCCAAUUGCUUUUUCAGUAGGAAAUGCUCAGGAAUGGAAAAAAUUAUUCAAACCUUGUGCUGCCCAGCGCCUCUUUCUUCCGGUGAUUUUAAAGGAUGUGGAUUCUCUUCUCUACGUGGACACUGACGUUCUCUUCCUGAGGCCCAUUGACGACAUUUGGAGCUUUCUGAAAGAGUUCAACUCCACACAGUUGGCUGCUAUGGCCCCAGAGCACGAAAUACCAAAGAUUGGUUGGUAUAGUCGAUUUGCUCGCCACCCUUACUAUGGAACAACUGGAGUCAAUUCCGGAGUCAUGCUGAUGAAUUUAACCCGGAUAAGAAACACACCGUUCAAGAACAGCAUGAUACCAACAGGCUUGAUGUGGGAGGAAAUGUUGUACCCAUUAUACCAAAAGUACAAAAAUUACAUUACAUGGGGAGACCAGGACUUGCUAAAUAUUAUUUUUUACUUUAACCCAGAGAGUCUCUAUGUGUUUCCCUGUCAGUGGAAUUACCGGCCUGAUCACUGUAUGUAUGGGAGUAACUGUAAAGGCGCAGAAGAGGAAGGCAUAUCUGUUCUUCAUGGUAAUAGAGGCGUCUACCAUGAUGACAAGCAGCCUACUUUUAAGGCACUAUAUGAAGUGAUACGUGAUUUUCCCUUUGAAGACAAUCUCUUCCAGUCCUUGUACUACCCACUUCAGUCUAAGUUUCUGGAUACUGUACACACUUUAUGUGGGCGAAUUCCACAAGUUUUUCUGAAGCAGAUUGAGAAAACGAUGAAGAAGGUUUAUGAAAAUCGUGUCAUUGUUCAUGUGGGAGCCAACUACAGAUACUAAACAUAGCUAUACUUUAUAUGGUAAUUUUUUCAUCCUUGUAUCCAAAUCAUUUGAGGCAGAUAAAUUAAAGGGGCACCGUCAGUUUAAAAUUCAUGUUGUUAACAAAAAUUGUCUAAAUUAGAGAAUCCACCAUGAUCCUUGGUGAAUUGUUCCAUUACUGACCACUUUUAAAUCAAGAUUGGGUGUUUUUCUGAAAGAUCUGCUCUAGGAAUUAUUUUGGAGAAGUUCUAGGGCCUGUGUAAUACAGGAGAUCUGACAAGAUUUCCACAGUUGUCCCUUCUGGCCUUGGAAUUCAUGAAUUUCCCUGUUUUAUUAAUAACUCCUUAAAUGAUUAAAAUGGAAUUUUAAAAUCCAUUCAGACUGCCACUUCUUAUGCUCUUUGUUCACUUCCUGCAUUUCUCUCCCCUUGAGCAAGGAGAAUCAAUGGUUUGACCAUCCCUAGAAUGAGUUUGUUUUUAGUUCUGUCAUGUUUAAGUUUAAACACUUCAGGGGAAUGUUUGUGUGUUUAAAAACAACUAUUUUAAUUGGAGGUGUUAUUCAGUUGUGGAAACAUCUGUAUUAUAAUUUUAUAAAAAAAAAUUUUUUUUCAUCCCACAAGAUUUAAAUUUGGGUCUAGAUUUAAAUUGACAGCAUCACUGACUUAAAAAUAGAUGCUCAAACCAUCAUGACAGGCUUAGUUAAACAUGACUGUAUUAAAGGGAAACCAUCUGCUUAGAAAUCACUGAAAUGUGUGUGUUGGGGGGGUGUCUGUUUGUUUGGUUGGGGGGUGUCUGUUUGUUUACUUUGUGUACUUGACAGCAUUUUGUGUCUAGUGAGUAUCAUUGUUCCCUGGCCUACUUUCCCUGUUUUGUGUGGGCCUUUCACACAGCAACAGGAGGGAGACCCAUUAAAGUCACUAAGAAGAACAUAUGCACAAAUAUUGGGAGAGGGAUGUAGAGAUAAGUACAGGACUCGAAACUAGUGUUAACUCACUUGCUGAAAGUACCUAGAUUUCAAGUGUCUGUUUUAAAUUCCCCUCUCUGUGGGAACAUGGCUUUGGUCUUUUUUUCUUCCCAUUUUAAAUACAUUACCUUUUUUGUGGUUUUAAUUGUGUUAAAAACAGGCCAAGAACACUGUGAAUGAACUGUAGGAAAACAUGUACUAUUGAACUGUUUUCCCCAUUAACCUUCUUUAAUUACUACUUACUGCUUGGGAAUAAUUCCAUACCACUGAAAACCUUUCUUCCAGCACAGCGUUACUGAGAGACUGAGAUUGUUGUCUCUGACUGCUUUUUCCAAUAUGCCAAAAAUCCACUUGUUCUUCGACAUUAAAAAAAAAAAAAAUCUCCACAUCUCUGCUUGGCACUUUCAUCCCUUGAAGUUCAGCAUCUGUGCCAGGAUUUUAACUAAUAGUCUCAAAGUGAAAUGGGAUACAAGAUGGCUUUGAUGUUUGUUUUAGUUAAAAAUAUUUAAUUUAGGUUAGAUUUCAAAAGCAUGUUCAUGUUGUAAGUAGUUAGACUGAAGGUUACAGACAGUGUUACACAGCUCAUUAAAACUUGCAGUAGUUAAAAGAUGCUCAGCAGAAGCUGUAGGAAACCUGAAACUUAGGAAAUUUUAAAAGACACUUUGUAAGUGAAAAUCUUGAGGGAUGUAUACCGUAGAAAGGUUAUAUUGUUCAGCACGUGGAAGGCAACUGAAUAGACCGGCUUACCUUACCUGUUCAGCAGAAAAAUCAGCCGUCACUUGGAACUGUCUUUUAUGUCUAGUAUGCAAGGUGUUGAGGGGAAACUAUUCUGUAAUGAAAAAGUUGCUUUCGACUGCAUUAUAAUAUGCAUGUAAUCCCAGUGGCUUUCCAGGCAUACAUACUUAUCUUGCAUGGCUGGUGUGUGCUAGGGGCAUGUCACUGUCAUUAGAGUCUAGAACAGGGGCGGGCAAACUUUUUGGCCUGAGGGCCGCAUCGGGUUUCUGAAAUUGUAUGGAGGGCCGGUUAGGGGAGUCUGUGCCUCCCCAAACAGCUAGGUGUGGCACGGCCCCCGACCCCCCCUUCUCACCCCCUCAUGGCCCCCCCAGGACUCCUGCCCCAUCCAACUGCCCCGUUCCCUGACGGCUCCCCGGGACCCUUGCCCCAUCCAAACACCACCACCACCACCACCACCACCACCACCCCCCCAGCUCUCUGUCCCCCUGACCGCCCCCGGACCCCCCGCCGCCCCAUCCAACCUCUCCUCCUCUCAUUCCUGACUGCCCCCCCGCGGGACCCCUACCCCAUCCAACCACCUGUUCUCCCUGACCACCCCUUCUCCCUGUCCCUUGACUGCCCCCUGCUGCCCCAUCCAACCCCUCCACUCAUUCCUGACUGCCCCCCCCAGGACCCUACCUGAUCCACCCCUCCUGCUUCCUGUCCCCUGACCGCCCCCGGAACCCCUGCCCCUGACUGCCCCCCCCCCCCACUUCCUGACUGCUCCCCUCACAGCCCCCAUUCAACCCCCCUGUUCCCCGCCCUCUGACCUCCCCUGCCCUCUAUCCAACCCCCCUCUGCUUCCUGCCCCCUUACUGCGCUGCUUGGAGCACUGGCGGCGUGGCUGCCUGCUGGCGGCGUGGCUGCACCAGGACAGGCAGCCACGCCGUCUGGCUGGAGCCAGCCACGCACCGUGCAGCACAGAGCACUGGGUCAGGCCGCGGCUCUACAGUUGCGCUGCCCGAGGAGCUUGCAGCCUGGCCGAUCAGAGCAUGGCGCCGGUGGCGCAGUGAGCAUAGGCUGUGGGGAAGGGGGACAGCAGGGGCGGGGCCAGGAGCAAGCCUCCUGGGCCAGGAGCUCAGGGGCCAGGCAGGAGGGUCCUGCGGGCCAGAUGUGGCCCGUGGGCCGUAGUUUACCGACCCCUGGUCUUGAAGUUCAAGACAGUCUGCAGUAUUGGCAUUGCUGCCCUCACCACUCAUGAUUGAUUCACACAGUUUCACAAAAAUCCUCGUAGUUGGGUGGCCUACGUGUAUCCCUCUUCUCCAGUAACAGUGGGCUAGCGGUCUCUCGCUGCCUCAUCAGAACAGUUGACACUCAUGUGCCCAAAUGCAAUACCUGGCUUGUGAGGAAGAGGAAGACAUGAGGUUUGCUGGCCGCUAAGGCUGUCAGGCAGGCUGUACGCAGCGGUAAGUGCCUGUGGAAACCUUUUACAAAUGAAUGGGGUGUGAAAACAUAUGUGACACAUCCGUAGACACACUGAGAGAAAGGCAUGGCAUGACAGAGAGCAGCACUAGGGAAGCGUCUGAGUAGAGUGAAAUGGAACAGCCCAGAAUACCAAACUUGAAGUCCUGGCCCCACUAAAGUCAAUGAUUUCACCCCAGGGCUGGACUAGUCUUCAGAAGAGACACAACAGACAAAAGAACAGUUCUUUGACACAAGGCCUAAUAGGACCCUCAGCCCCUUCUCUCCCCCCCCCCACGCACACAAUUUGCACGUUUCUGGCUCUCAUCCUCACAUUAUCUUAUGCUCUUACUGUGUAAGAGCUCAAAGUACCUUAACUAGCAAUGGACAGAAGCAAUCAUUCUGACCAGUCUUACAGCUAUCCCUCUUAACGGGGACCAGAAAGGCAUUUAAACCCAUAUAGUGCAAGCUUGAAAUAUUUAGCAUUUUUCUUCAAGCCCCAACUCCUGGAGUCAGAUGAUUUCUUCAGAAUCUCAGUUUUCAUUUAAAAAGAAACGUAAGUUUUUUGCCUCUGGUGGUUGCGGAGAAGAGCUUGAAAAUGUGACCCGAGUGCACCCUAGCUACUUAAAAGCUAGAAAACAAAUAAAAAGAACCCAAAGUGCAUUAUUUUAAAAGCUUCAUGAUAUUUAAAAUACUCCCAUGCUGUCUGGGAGCUUGAUUCAUGAUUUUUAAACAUUUUGGGGUUGGCAGUCGUGGACACUUAAAAAAAAAAAAAAAAAUAGCUUGAUUUCCUAAAUCAGAAUAAAGCAGACUGUCUGUAGGUCAUGUUUGGUUAGAUUAGACAUCCUCAGAGCAUUUCUAAAUUGCUCAUCUCUGUGGUAUCUACAAGCCACAGAAGUUUGUAGAGAAAAAGUUGCCUUGCCCAGAACUUGGAACUCUGCAUUUUAGAACAAUGCCUCUCAUAUACAGCAGCAGAGUUGCUAACUUACAGACGCUUAGCAGGUUAUGAUUCAGUCCAUUAUGAUUCAGUCGAACUUGGAACCAUGGGAACAUAUUUGUAAUGAAGGAAUCCAAUAAGAUACUAUAGUUAAUUACAGAAUAAAGGUAUUAUUACUUAUAAAGUUAUUGGAGAUUAAAACAGUGUUUACAGGAGGUGCUAUAUUUUUAUAAAGAACAAUAUUAUGUUAACUGUUGUAUAAGGUAUAUGAAGUAUACAUUUUAACGUGAAAAUAGCUUUCAGUGUAAUGUGAAGGCGAUUAUGCAGGAAAAAGUACCUUUUUUUGGUAUUUUUCUGAAAAAAUUAAUUGAGCUGUAAUUUGAAAACUCCAAAGCCUUUUUUUUUUUAAGUUACAUAAUUUUGUUUUCUCAUGCUGAGUAGAAUUAUUAAUUUAUAUUUUACUACUGCUUCCAAAAAACAUUUAUCUUAAUUUCAACAGCAGUUGGUUUUAAUAUUAAGCUUACUUUAAUCACAUUCCAUAUGCAUCGCUAAUUACUUGUAAUUUAGCCUCAUUUAUUUUAAUAAUGGAACUAUGUAAAUACUUAUGUAGGAUUUAUAUAUUUUUUUCCUCCCCUCAUAUGUACUAUUAUUGUAUUGGUAACUUAAAAAAAAACCCCAACAAAACAGAAUACCAUUUUUCACGUACCACACUAAGCAAUGACACCAUAACGUAUUAGCACUAAAAGAGGGAACACCAAAAUAUUUAUCUGUAGAUGAAUACAAAUUCAUUCUUUGGCACAUUCAGAGUGUUUGUAACCCAGAUUUCACGAAGAAAAAUUCAUCUGCUGCAUUCAGAACAGUGUGGUACCGUUCAGCCUAAAGAACUGUGCGCUAGUUAUUUGAACACAGGCUGUGAUCCUGCAAAGACUUACGCAUGUGCUUAAACUUUUCACAUUGUGAGUAGCCCCACUGUAGUCAGUGGAACUACUCAGAGUGUAUAAAAUGAAGCAUGUGCCUAAGUGUUGGCAUGAUCUGGGCUAUAGUGCACAUUUCCAGGUUUUAAAUUUGCUGUGCUGUACUUGAACUUGCUAAAGUUAUACAAAUAAGGGCCUGACACUGAGCGGUGCUGAGCACCUCCUUUCAGCCCUAAGCCUUUUAAGGAAGUGUCAGAAUAAAAAUACACAUUGUACAGUGAGGAACUGCCAGUGGGGGAGGCAUUUGUUUGCACCAUUUUAUAAUGUGAGGGCUUUUUUGGCUAUUUGGCUGCACCUGGCAAAGUGAGCUCGAUAGCUUUGCUAUAGUUUCUGUUCUUUACAGGUGGAAACUGGAAACCAUUUUUGGUGUGCAUGUGUGCACGUGUGUAUGUGUGUAAAUAAUUAUGAUCAAUUUCUGUAUCAUUUAAAUGCUUGUAUAUUUUUAUCUGACAAGUGCACCAAUUGUUUAUAGCUCCCAAGGAGGCAUCGCAGUGCAUUUCUAUGUUUAAGAUUCUUUGGCUUACAGUAUAAAUAAAUGAACUUUUAAGCAAA